UUUUGAUCAUGUUCGCUCUGCUGUGUCGAUGCUCGCUCGUUUUGUAAGUGGGGAGAUGUUUUAAAAGUAUUGUAAUCAAGUUGGGGAUCAUGCAGGCGCACCACCGACUUUGUCGCAGUUUGAGAGAGGAUACGUGUAACUCUAUCCUCUUGUUCAUUAAUAAAAAAAACGGCGUUAUUAUGCUGAUUGAAUUUCUAAUAGGGACCACGAAAGAGGUCAGUGGAGGUAAUCAUUUAGUUUUCUGAUGUAUUUAGCUGAUUAAUUAAUGCGAAGGGUUGUACAUCUAGCCAUGUUGGCUAUUGCCACUGUAAGAAAUAGGCGAGUAGGCUACAUUGCCUACCAACAUGGGCUGUAGGCCUAUUGUAGAUUAUUCCUUUAAACCCAUAAUCCAUAAAUGCAAUGCAUUUAAAUGUUAUGUUAAAUAAUAUAGCAUCGUAAUUCAGAUAACAUAUAUUUUUAACAAUCUGUAAAUUGACUAUCUUUUCUAAAAAUAAAAAAAGACAGGUUUGUAAGCAAGUUAUGAAAACAAAAGUUUGAUGUAGUCAUUAAGACUUUAUAGGAAACUUGAGACCUAUGCUCAGCUAUAUCCUGCAGUGUUGGUCUAGCUCUCUCUUAAUCCGGAUAACCUCACAAGGAAAGGCGAGGAUGAAUAUACGGAUUUUAAAACGAAUCCCUACAUGGAGCAGUCGCGCAAUUAUCAAGGAGUACGCGGAAAAUCCACAAUUAUGACAUUUUAUACGCUCUAGGUCGAGAACAACCCAACGGCGCCGCGAUACUGCUGUUUACCAAGUAAACCUUGUUAACGUUUGGUGUAGAGAUUUUUUUUGCUUUCUGUCUGAGAUUGUUGCUGUUUUGUAGUGUAGGCUAGUUUGUCUCGGGACAUUGCAUCAAAUAGCUCUGAAAGUAGGCUCCAAAUUUGGCACAGACUUGGAAAACUAACUAAAUAUGAAUUAAUGCCAUUCGGUUAACACGAUUUUCUUCUUGUUUAGUAACCUUUUGCUUUUUCAGUCUACAAGUGUUCAUGUUUUCCUUUUUGACUUUGUUAUCGCCUUAAAGUAAGUAAGUGUGUGUGUGGUGUGUGUGUGUGUGUGUGAAAGAGAGAGAGAGAGAGAGAGAGGGGGAGAGGAUGUGUCUUAAGAACAUUUCGUGGUCUAAUACGCCACCUAGCGCAAAUAUAUGGACACAUCUUGACACCCGUUUUAAAGUAGGACUAGGUCUAGGUCUAAUGUGCUGCUGUUGCCCCUUUAUCUUAUUAUUGUUCGUAUACACCACUUGCAAUCAAAUUCCAAUCAACAUCGUUUUAAGAUACUGAUGAUUUCUUUAAAUAUGAAUAUGUGCAGUAGGCUAAUAAGCUAAAUUGAGCACUGUUGAUGUCUUUGAUGUCUUUCAUCACGUUGCUAAAUGUAAUUAUCCUAAGGGUAUAUAAGGGCUAUUUAAUGGUUGUAAAAAUCCCAAAGAGAGCACAGAGUACUGGGCUUUUUGACCUAUGUGGGGACACUGUCUGACAGUGUCAAUAAAUUAAUUCACAUGUAAUGUAAACCUUAUGUUUGUUAAUUAAUUAAGAUGGCAUACACUGGUAUUACAGGCUAGCAAUUGGCAACUUGUAAUUUUGACAGCCAAUGUACACAUAAUAAAAUAUUGUUAGGCUGUGGUUUUGAAGCAGUUAUCAUUUUACCUGUGUGACCUGGUUGGCAGUCACUUUGACAAGCUAGCAUGUUGCACCACUAAUUAGUAAGUGCAACUUAUGGAUAGACAUGCAGGAAAUGUUGCACUUAUUAGAGUACUAUGUUUAUCAGGAGGUGGCUUAAGUAUGAAGUGGGUAACCUUUGAAUAUUAUGAUAUUGUUAUAUAUAGGCUAUUGGACCUGUCUUUUGUAAACUGCCACAUUAAUGACACUCACUGGUUCUUUCCAGAUGAAGUGGUGGAGGACAAUGCCCACAUUGUCUGUCAAUGGAAAAGAUGCCACUUGGGCCUUCAUGAUCUACUGGAACAUAUUCAACAGUCUUAACAUGUCUUGUUUUAAGUGGUCAUUACAUUUAUUUUAUGAUUCUUAUCCAUUUCAAGAUGCUAUUUGCAAGUGUCAGAUAGGGAGCAGAUCUCUCAAAACAGGCUUCCACGUUGUUUCUUGGUUGCAUCUGUUAGCUAUUACUGGGGGGGAAAAGGAUAAUGGCGUUACAUUUGUAUUUUGUGACUGAGUCCUCUAGUAUGUUUCCAAAAUAUAUAGUUCAUAUAAAUGAAGCAUUAUCUUUUCGGUAGGUUUAUUUGGAGCACAUCCAAAGGUCAUAUUUUAAUGGACUGGAUAGGAAAACAUGUUGAUUGGUGUAGCUACAGCACAAACUGAUGUACAGGGAUCUUGGAUCAUCUGGAGACGGGGUAUUGUACCCCUCGUAGUGACUUACUCUACAAUGUGUUUUCAAAGUGAAAACAUAAAAAAAGAGAGGUGUGUUAAGACAAGAAUCGUGAGAAAAUUACUCUUUGAAAAAGAAAGUUAGUAUGUAUUGCCACAGACAAUUUGCCCACAUUCAUGACUGUGUAAGUUAAGUGUAAGUGAAAUAUGAAGUCAUAUGUUGUCAUGUGCUGAGUUUUGUACAUGGUUGAAACACCAUUGUGUUUGUGAAUCCACUCCAGCAUCUGUCAAAGGGAGAUUUUUCAUUAUAAUCCCCACCUGACACGAAGAGCAAACACUGCAAGGCACCAUGCUUUCUCUAAACCCAACCGUAUAGCUGUGCCUGCCUUUCUCACAACAAUUGAACAGGUGCUCAUCUGAAUGUGUCAUCGCAAAGCCCUGCCACUAUGUGGAAAUCCAUCAACUUUUAUCUAUGAACGUUCUGAAUGCACCAAAUGCAACUGUAAAGGACUGAUUUUAUUUAUGGAAUAUUGAUAUUACGGAAUACAUGUUAUGGCUGGAUAGAGUGUGGAAGUUUGCUUGUUCUCUUCCACACCCAUACUGUACAUAUUCAGUACAUGAUUAUUAAAUAACACUGCACUGAUUACCUGGAGAUAAAAAAAUCUUGACUGUAAAAUCCAAUUCAGAGCUGAAGAUAUUCUCAAAUCUAAUAUAUUAAAUGAAAACAUACCAGCCAUGGUGAGAAUCACUUUUACUUUGGUUUGAAUUAGAUAGGUCUCAGAGAGUACUGUUAUUCUGAGCCAGUCCCACAGCAAUGAAGUGAUUCAUCGGCUAGAUUGCAUUUUAACAGGAUGUUGAUUGAGAGCAUAAGCCAUAUUGAUUUUCCUGAUGGAAACAGGAAAUAGCCGAGUUAGAAAUAAAAUUAUUUGUUGUUCCCGGUGUGAGGAGGCCCAGAGGACUGGCAGGCAAUUGCACACUGAUGAGUGGCACUGCCCCCAAAACACCUCCCCUCCAUCCUGUCCCCUAUGGAGACCUGGGAGAGACGUCAUCUGUGGUUGUUAUGCUGCAAAAUGACGCCUGCACUGACUCCCCACCCCCUGUUACUGCAAUUUAGCCCCAGUGAUCCAUCAGGGAAGAAGGACUACUACAUCUGCUGCAGCAUCUUCUACAUGAAGAUGGACCCCCAAUCAGUUCAUGUAUCAAUAAGCAGUGUGAUGGCAUUUCAGUCCAUGUAUUUGUUUUCCUAGAUCAUUGGGGCAGCCUAAUGACUGGAUUUGACAGGUCACAGGAACAAUUUAUAGGAUGAUAAAGGAUUACCUCAUAUGAAUGAUUAUUUUCAAAUUACAAUAUUGAGAAAAGGUUGGAAUGAUUUCCUGCUCAUCUAUGUUUGCUUGGCUGCAUUUAGUCUCCAAGGUUGUUUUGUCGGUAAGAGGAAAAAUGCCCCCAUCCCCAUGCAAACACGUACAAACCAAGCCCUCCCAUCCUCUCCUCCUCCAUCCCCUCCCUUCCCUCUAACACACACUCACACUCUGGAGAAACACGUCACUGAGCUUGGGGACUCAGCGGCUCAUUAAGGAGAAGGAUGUGAUAUUCUCAAUCGAGACUGUGAGACUCCCAGCACGCCUAUUUAUAGAUGCAAUAUCUCUAUGGCAGUCACCGUGGCGUUGGCUAAUCGCAGCCGUGGCCCCAGACACCAAUUAAGAAUGAAACAAAUGCUUUUUGGGUGGGGUCUGCUCCUCCCUUCUGCUAAGGUCCUUCCGUCCGCCACACUGCCUGGUGGGGGAGCGGAUCUGCUUGGAGCGUAUUCCUGCAUCAGGUCGGGAUACAAGGAGGGCGGCAUGCAGAGUGCAGUCAAAGCCCUGCCAUGGCUAUUUUUAAAUGCCCCCCCUCUGGAGAGCAAGAGCUAGGUUUCUUAUAUUGUGGUUGUUUUCAUAUGUUUGACUCUGGGUCUGGGAUGUCCGUGGAUAUGUUGAAUUGCUGUGACUCAUAGGGCAUAAAGUUCCACCAGGUUAGAAGAGUGAUGACCAUCCUGUUCCUUACUAUGGUUAUUUCAUACUUCAGUUGCAUGAGAGCUGCUCCCAUGAGAGACGCCCCAGGUAUGCGGGGCCACCGAACGGAAGGCUACUUGGGUGCUGCAGUGACAGCCGGCCGGGGCCACGGGACUCCACAGAGCGGGGGUGGGCCGGGCCAGCAUGGGGGACUGCCCUCGCUCACAGACACGUUUGAGCAGGUGAUUGAGGAGCUCUUGGAGGUGGAUGGAGAAGCAGCUCAGCUGGGGCCUGGGGCUGACAAGGGCCAGGGAGGAGGGGGUCCUUCCUCUGUGGUCACCACGGAGACCAAGGAUGUCGACCUGUAUGCAUCGCGGGUGAUGAUCAGCAACCAAGUGCCUUUAGAGCCACCGCUGCUUUUUCUCCUGGAGGAAUACAAAAACUACCUGGACGCCGCUAACAUGUCCAUGAGGGUACGGCGGCAUUCUGACCCGUCGCGGCGUGGCGAGCUGAGUGUGUGUGAUAGUAUUAGCCAGUGGGUGACAGCUGUGGACAAAAAGACAGCCAUAGACAUGUCUGGGCAGACCGUUACCGUCCUGGAAAAAGUCCCUGUCCCCAAUGGCCAACUGAAGCAAUACUUUUAUGAGACCAAAUGUAACCCUAUGGGGUACACAAAGGAGGGCUGCCGUGGAAUAGACAAGAGGCAUUAUAACUCCCAAUGCAGGACAACCCAGUCCUACGUGCGAGCGCUCACCAUGGAUAGCAAAAAGAAGAUUGGCUGGCGGUUUAUAAGGAUAGACACAUCAUGUGUAUGCACAUUGACCAUUAAAAGAGGAAGAUAGUGUAUAUAAUGUAUAGAUUUUAUUGAGAGUUUAAAAAAGAGAGUAAAGAGAAAAUAUCUAUUUGUAUAUAUACAUAACAGGGUAAAUUAUUCCGUCAAAUGAAAAUUUUAUGGACUGCAUGUAAAAAAAGAUGAAGUUUAUACAGUAAAAGUGAUACUACAGUCUAUUUAUUGAACAUAUUCAUGACCUUGUAAACAAUUAAAAAAAGAUCUGAUCAGU